UUGCUGUGUCUUAUUAAAUUAGUUUUAAGACUUUUCACCCAAGGAGCGAAACAAAACAAAAAAUCUAAGCCAUUUGACCCGUGAAAGAAAACAAGCUACGUGAACAAGUGAGUCAGUGGUGAAAAGUGGCCUUUAUUCCUUGUGAUGGUAUUGUCGCUGGCAUUUACUCGUUACUUAUUAUUUCGUGUCUGUCAGUGCUGUCAUUUCGUGUUUAUAAGUGGAACGUGAACGAGAGCGUGGUGUCCUGACCGCUUCCUAUCACCUGGAAUUUGUCACCUGUGUGUGGAUUCCUCGCUCACUCCCGAACUCCACAACUUGUUAAACCCUCGCGUGUGGCCACAGCGGGACCUGAGCCGAGUGUCCCCGGAGUGAGGCAAACACCCCGUGACACUGCUUGUCUCUGUGCUAGCUUUACUCACUACGAACGGGGCUAUUUGAAAGAAAAAUGAAGAGAAAAGCAAAGUUCCUACUAUGGUGUGUGUACGGUGUGGUGUGCGAGGAGCGGUUGUGAUUGUGGUUGUGGACGCGAUGGACUUGUGUUUGUGCAUUCACCGCCUGAGUGUUUGUGUGUGUUGUGUGGCUGUGUGGAUGUGUGUCACCUGAUGAGUCCCGUGUGUCAUUCUGUGGUGCUUUGUGGAGGAUGGUUUUCGAAGGACAGACUGAGAAUUGCCUCUUGUAGUCAAGUGGAGCACCAUGGGGAAGGGGUGACACACCACUCAUAUCUGGGAUCUUAAGAAUGUGAAGCAGCUGGGGAACAUGAGCAUCAGAGAGGGUAAAGCUGGGAGGCGGAGCGAUUCUGUGUGGUCUCACUUUACCAAACGCUGGACUGAUGAAAAGCAUUAUGUUGUGAUUUGUAUUCACUGUAAGCAGAGGGUUAGUGCAAAAGUUGACAGGCUGAGGAGACACUUGCGGAAGUGUAUCUCGUGUUACAUUAUCCCAAAACCUGACAUUGAGGGAAUGGAGGACUGUCUGUUGGCCGGCUCUAGUGAUCCUCAGCCAAUAGCCUCUGAGUGUCCCUCUGUAGACGCUUCCUCCUCCGGGCUUUCUCCUCCAUGGAAAGUGGAGAAUGUCCUUAUUGAUAGUAAGGAUUCUCCUCACUCCCCGUCCGCAAUGGCGAACCAGCAGUACUGCCUCAAGUGGAACAACCAUCAGUCAAACUUGCUACGAGCCUUUGACCGCUUGCUGCAGUCCGAGUCGUUCACUGAUGUGACGCUGGCUUGUGAGGGCAAGUCUCUGCGGGCACACAAGGUUGUACUGUCAGCAUGCAGUAGUUACUUUGAGCAGUUGUUUGAGGAGCAUCCAGAUAAAUCUCCCAUCAUAAUCUUGAAAGACAUGAAGUUCACGCACGUCUCACAGUUGGUGAAUUUCAUGUACCGGGGAGAAAUCAAUAUUACCCAGGACAUGUUGUCAGGCCUCCUAAAAACUGCUGAGACCCUGAAGGUAAAAGGUUUAGCAGAGGUGUCUGGGGACCAACCCAUACCACCGACAGCAAACCCAGUCCCACCCAUCCUACGGCUUGGGGCUACCAUACCCCAGAUGAUGCCUCCCACCUCCUCCCCUCUCACCACAGCUCUCAAUGCACCGCUGGUCACGCCUCCCACUCUGGCCCCCCUUGCAGCACUGCUCACUCCUGAGGCAUUGGUACAUUUUCAGGGUCUAGGCCUGGAUGAACGGCGUGCAAACCUCCUCAAGAGAAUGAGCCAGGAGCAUGAGGCAGGAGUGGCUGGUGUCAGCAGCGGUGCCACAGUACCAAGUGCAGGUGGGGGCGCCUCUACCCAUGAGCCACCCCUAAAGAUGGCACGUCAUGAACGGGAGGAAGAGAAUGAUACCCAUCAACAACAGCAGCAGCAACAAAAACAUCAACAGCAACAGCAGCAACAACAGCAGCAACAGCAGCAACAGCAACAGCAGCAGCAGCAGCAUCCCCACUCUUCACUGUUUAUGAGUCCACAGGAUAAGAUUCCCACCACCAGCUCCACCAUGCAGAAUGUGCUCACUCCCAUUCCCCAAGAACUGACUGUCAACGCCCGCCAAGAGUUACCCGACUUCCUGAAGUCCUACACUGUCUUCAAGCUGAACGAUUAUCUCGGAUUUCGCACACGGCAGCAAUUCUGGGAGGAACCUGCUGUUAGACGCAUCCUGGAAGGAAUCAAGAACAAAGAAAUUGAUAUGAAGAGUGCAGCAGAACUUCUUGGUGUGUCAUAUGGGACCUUGUAUGGGCGGUAUCGAGAAGUCUUUGGGUAUCUCAAACAUUCUUGGGUGAACAAGCAAGGACGAGGUAGUGGAACACCCCAGAAGGAACGAUCCAUAUGGGAAGAAGCCCGAGCACAGGAACUCAUUCAGAGGGUACUCAACAAGGAGCUCUCCUUGACAGCUGCAGCAGUGAGGCUAGGAGUGGACACAAACACCUUCUUUGCCCACCUUACUGAUAAUGGGAAGAACAAGGGGAGGAUGGCACUUCUUCUUGGCACAGAUGGUACCACCACAACCACAGCCACAACACCCACAACAACCACAACUAAUGACUCCAAAGUAGCUGCCACCAAUGCCAAUACUAACCACAGUGAAGACUCAGCAAAUGCCUCUUUGGUGGAUCCUAGUGGUGAGGAUUCUAACCCAUCGGGUAACAAUGUUGCUGGGGGCCAGGGAAGUGACGACAGCAAUGCAGAGAGUCUGGCAGACAACAUGGAAGUGGAAGUUAAUGGGGAAAAGGGAGACAAUGAGGAGUCAGAGAUGGACAAUUCAAGAGAAAUAAGAACCACUAUGGAUCUUCAAGAAAAUACAGGUGAGGAUCCACAGGAGACCUCACCCCACAACAUAGAAACCUUCCAGUCCAUAGUUGAAGAUGACGGAAAUGUUUAUGCAGAUGCCUCUUAAGGUGCGGAGUCAAUUUUAUGACUGCAGUCUUGUUUUAGAAUGAGUUGGAAAUUAAUCAAGCACAAUUCACCCUCCCCUUCCACUUACUUACCACUGCUAUAUAUGGCAUAAGACAGAAGUUGGAGAAUGUGAAGCAUUGUAAUCAUAUACUGUCUGUGGUCCAGAAGUGUUUGUGGUAUAGUGAUUCAAGUUAGGAGUGUAUUGUUUGAUGCUGGAAUGGCUGAACUGGAAAUGUAUGAUACCAAAUGUGUGUGAUAAGAAGUUAGCAAAGGAAAUGAUGAAUACGAAAAGAUAAAGGAAUGGUGUAUGAAUCCUCAAGGAUGGUCUGUCUAAAUAAUUGUUUGUUCCUUGUCAUGUGCUGCCAAGGAAAAAGAGCAAGUUGCAUAUCUUUAUUUUGGGCUCAAGAUACUGUAUGUCAUGAGAAGCUCAGAGGCAUUAUCCUCACGCCAUAGCGUUUGAUAUGGUACAAGUAAUGGUACAACAAGGCUAAGGAUUUUUAUUCAGUAUGGUAGAAAUAGUUUUAUCAAAGUGAUGUAGACACUGUAAAAGGUACCUCAACUACAGUGAGUUGGCAAGUAAGUUUGUGUUUUGAAGUGUGGCUCCAGUAUGGUUUACUUGCUCUAGUAAGGGCAAUUCAACUACAUGUGUUGAAGUGCCAUGAUUAUUUUCUACUUUCCCAGAAUGAUGUGUGUUGUAGAGACCGCAUUUUUAUAUUGUGAUAACGUACAUGGACCUACAUCGGAUGUUAUUUAGAUGUUACAGUUUUCCCAAAAUAAUAUAUUGAUUUCAAAAGAGUAAAACUUUCCUAUUUAACUGUAUUGAUAGUUCAUUCUUUGAAAAAUUAAGUGUAAAACUGAUGUUUUUCUGCAUGAUGUAUUUUUUCCAAGGUUUCUGUAUCAAAGGUUAUUCUGCUUACAUUGAGCAGCUUAUGCAACAUGGCUUUGACAAGUAGGUCAAAGAAAGUGGCAAUAUUAUGUGAACCCCAAAGAUUUAUCUAAAGGAUUCUUAUCUAAGCAUGCCAUUUAAUGGUUCAAGCCUUAUAUAAGGAUGCCAGUUAUAUUAACUUCAGAAUUUUAUAGUGGUGUUUACUGUUGCUGGUAUUCAUAGGGUAUUUAUAAUAUAAUUGUGAAUUAGUUGGUAAAAACCAUGAUAUUGGUUUUUCAUUUUUUUUUUUUUUUUUUUUUUUUUUAUUAAUUUCCUUAUACUACUUUACUUUUGUUUAACUUUGUUUUAUUCAUUUAUUUACUUUCCUUUAAAUUAACAUCUAUAUACCUGACAAGAAUCAGACCUUCAUUUUGGUUGUAAGAGAAUGUCACCUGUUGUGUGAAAGACUGAGGCAAAUAAGGUCUUAAUUAUCCCUUAAAGCAGAGAUAGUACCUCAUCUUUGAUUUCAGCUAUAGAUAUGGAGUUAUCAUUGUUGUAGGUUUCUGAUAUUUUAGUGUUUAUAACGGAAGGGAGGUGAGUUGGGGCAAACUCUUUGGCUACUUGACGUACUGAAGUCGCUUGUUGUUUAGAAAAAAAAAUCUGACAGCCAUGAAGUUUGUAGUAUAGUAUGUAAUUACUUAUCACAUUGUACGUAAUGCUGGAGUGCAUAUUUUUACAGGGAUGGGCUUAGCUGAUCCCAUAGUUUGAUAAGAAUUAUGAAGCAUGGGUUUGCAUGUAUGCACUGUGUUAGUAGUUGUGCAUUCAUAGUUGUUGUUUCUAUGUUGACAUGUAUUGAUUGUUACCACUACUCUUUUUGCCUAACCACCAAGAUUUUCUCCCGAGUGUUAUCUGCUUCACUCAAGGCGUCAGUCUAUCUGACAUUCCAUGGGCGGGGCACACAGGCUACAUAAGAUAGAGGCAGGUGUGGUUGUUUGUUAUGGGAAGCACAGGCUUGUUUCCAAAGAUUGUUUUUCUAGUAUUGAAAAUGUGUUUGUAAGAUGGUUUGGCCUUUAUGAAGGGGAUAAUUUAUAAAAGAUACAAAGGUUUUGUAUUUGCAGCUUAACGUCUCUGUCAGCAUGAAAUUUUAUUUCAUUUAAUUUUUAUCUGUUUAUGUCCAUAAAGACGGAUUGUUUAUGAGAACAUUCGUCAUGUACACGUAAAGCCUGUAGAUGUUUCAAAGUUCAGUACAGUGAACAAGUGCAGAGAACACUUGAGAACAAGGGCUUUGCUGACCAUGUGAUGAGAUGGCCAUCAAAACCAGUGAUUGAACCUCUUUUUGCAUCUCUCUCUGUUCCAAAGAAAAUCAAAACAUUUUGUUAUAUUGUGCCCAAUUCACUUCACAUUUACUCUAAUGUAGUUUGGUUCGUUUGCUCAUUAUUGAUAGUUUUUUGUUUUUUUUUAAUAAUUAGGUUAACAUAUGAAGCAUUAUACUUAACCUAUUUUAUUUUCCAAGAUUUGUGAUGCUUUGCCAGUUUCAUAGUCAUGAGCACAAGGAUUUACCAUUGUUCACAUUGCUCUUAAGGGGUUUUCAAAUAGAUUGUAGAGGAAAGUGACUGAUAUUCAGACAGCUAGGAGGACGUGCACAGAAGGCUAGUCUGCAUGACCACAUGUGACCCAUUGAAGUUCUCGAGUUUUAUUUAAGGAAAGCUUCGUGGGCUCCUUGAUUGUACAAGUACACUCAGACUGUUGAAUGAACUGUGUUUGCCUCAUCAAAGAUGAUUUAUCUCUUUAUUCUAGGUAUAGUUCAUGUUUGCAGUUAUUUUGUAUCCAGACUUUUCUCUCCACACAGAAAGGUUCGUUGUUAAAGGUGUGCCUGGUGCGUACAAAUUUUAAAAUUUCUCAUCUACUUCAGUGUGUUUGUAAGUAUUGUGUAUUCUUUACUAUUCAGAGUUUGUCUGUCUGUGGGAUUCUUUUAAGGAAAGGAUUAUGUAGAUGAUGCAUUUUGUUUAAAUUAUCCUUUAUAUGUGUUAGUAUUGGUUCAGUCCAUUAUAAUUGCGUGAUAUGAAUUUGUCGUAUGAUAAUAUAGGUUCCAUUGAUA